AUGGGGAAGCGGAAGCCAAGCAAAGGGAGCGAGUCGAAGGAGGCAGAGGGCGAGCAAGAGGGAACAGCGACACCAGGGAAGAAACACAAGAAGCAGGCAGCGAGACCAGCUGAACCCUCACCGAACCCUCAAGCUCAAGGGCUCGAGGGCAACUUGCACCCCUUCGAACAUGACCCCGCAGAUGACUGUGAAACGUGCUUCCAGGCGUAUUGUGACAUCGCACCUUUCCUCAUCAAGCUUGCCCAACGGGUUGGCAAACCGAAAAAAGACCUCUGCAUUUGGGACCCAUACUAUUGCGCAGGGAAGGUCAAAGACCAUCUCAGGAAGCUUGGCUUUCACAACGUACAUAACAACAACGAGGAUUUCUAUUCUCUCAAACCCGAACAGUUCCCCCCUUACGAUGUACUUCUCACAAGUCCACCUUACAGCCGCAACCACAUAGAAAAGAUCCUGGUGUUCGCAUCUGAGUGCAAAAAGCCAUGGAUAUUGCUCAUGCCUCAAUAUGUGCAUCGAAAGAGUUAUUAUUCCGCCAUCAUUGAAGGGCAGCAUCCUUUUUACAUGAUACCACCCAAACCUUACGUAUACCAUGCACAUCACGGGGGAAGGAAGGACAACACGAACGUGACCUGCAGACAUUGGGCAAGGGAUGGAAAAUGUCCGAAAGGGGACGAGUGUGCCUUUGUUCAUGGCGAAGUUGGCGACUCAGCGCAACCUGCUAUCCAGUCGAAGGGCAUAACCCCCGUCACUCCGUUCAAGAGCAUCUGGCACAUGCACUUCCCCCCUGAGGGAAUGAACAACGGAAUCUACACGUGGGCAGUGCAUAAGCUCCGCAAGUCCAAGUUGAAACUUUGCCGUCAUGUCGAGGACAUCGAGCUUUGA